GGAGAAAAACCUCAGACAAAAGAUUCUUAAAGCAGUCGCGGACCACAGCAAAAGUUUUUCCUGCAGCUUGUAAAAUCUGCCUCUCACAAGGUGAAGGAAUGGGUGGCCUCGCAGUGGUCCUACUCCUCUGCUGUUUCCACGCGUUUGCAUCUGUAGGCCAAACCCAGCAGACCACGCCGCCCCCAGGCACAGAGAAGCCUUUGUCAGAAAAAUGUCGGGAUGAGAUGUACGCCUGCACCAGGAUGUACUCAGUCCACCGGCCCACGAAGAGAUGCGUGGGCGCGCUUUGUCUCUACAGCCUCUCCCGUGUCUAUGUGAUCAACAACGAAAUCUGCACGAGGAUCGUGUGCGAGCAGGACGAGUACAUGAAAGCGGAGCUGUGCAGAGAGCUCUCUGGGUGGCCUCGGCGGAUUGAGAGGUCAACUCAUCGGAAACUCUGUCGCAAUCGCCGUGGCAACCCCAAAUCUUGGGCAAACAAGGCCCGAUGGCACGUGAAGACAGACUGAAGUCUCAUAGGAACUGCCUUCAACACACAAAAUUCAUCUUCUUGAUACUUGAGACACACAAACGUACAAUCACUCCACUUCUCUGUCAGUCUGUGAUUGUAGCACAAUAUUGUUCACUUUGUAAACAAUGAUCAAUAUACGCUUCAUAAGUAGCCGCACUCAGUCACCAAGAUAUUUAGCUGGCGUCAUGCUUUUUACACUUUUUGUGAUCCCUAAUGAACCACAUGUUAAUAAUCCACAUGUUAAUAAAGAUGGUUUACCUUCUUCAGAUGCUGGACUUCUAACAAGAUAUGUGAUAAAAUAAAAUGGUAUUUUCCAGGUAUUAGCUUUUGAGAACUUUGAUUGAGCACAUGUCUCAAACAGGUUAAGAUAAACAUCUGCAUUUAUUAUGGUUUUCUAAAUUUGGGUUGCCUUAGUUAGCUCCUUUGCUCGACUGGCGACUUGGAUCUUAAUGCAUUGUUAUGAGGGAUAAUUCUUUUUUUUCCAUAUGAAAAAAUAAA